AUGCUCUUCUCCUUCCGUCUUUUCUUUUACCAAGACACUAACUUUUCCUCCUUUAACAUCCUUCUUUGUUCUUCUUCUAUAAUCCAUUCAAUCCUUCUUUGUUCUUCUUCUAUAAUCCAUUCAAUCCUUCUUUGUUCUUUUUCUAUAAUCCAUUCAAUCCUUCUUUGUUCUUCUUCUAUAAUCCAUUCAAUUCUUCUUUGUUCUUCUUCUAUAAUCCAUUCAAUUCUUUUUUGUUGUUCUUCUAUAAUCCAUUCAAUCCUUCUUUGUUCUUCUUCUAUAAUCCAUUCAAUUCUUCUUUGUUCUUCUUCUAUAAUCCAUUCAAUCCUUCUUUGUUCUUCUUCUAUAAUCCAUUCAAUCCUUCUUUGUUCUUCUAUAAUCCAUUCAAUUCUUCUUUGUUCUUCUUCUAUAAUCCAUUCAAUCCUUCUUUGUUCUUCUUCUAUAAUCCAUUCAAUCCUUCUUUGUUCUUCUAUAAUCCAUUCAAUUCUUCUUUGUUCUUCUUCUAUAAUCCAUUCAAUCCUUCUUUGUUCUUCUUCUAUAAUCCAUUCAAUUCUUCUUUGUUCUUCUUCUAUAAUCCAUUCAAUCCUUCUUUGUUCUUCUUCUAUAAUCCAUUCAAUCCUUCUUUGUUCUUCUAUAAUCCAUUCAAUCCUUCUUUGUUCUUCUAUAAUCCAUUCAAUUCUUCUUUGUUCUUCUUCUAUAAUCCAUUCAAUCCUUCUUUGUUCUUCUUCUAUAAUCCAUUCAAUUCUUCUUUGUUGUUCUUCUAUAAUCCAUUCAAUUCUUCUUUGUUCUUCUUCUAUAAUCUAUUCAAUCCUUCUUUGUUCUUCUUCUAUAAUCCAUUCAAUCCUUCUUUGUUCUUCUUCUAUAAUCCAUCCAAUCCUUCUUUGUUCUUCUUCUAUAAUCCAUUCAAUCCUUCUUUGUUCUUCUUCUAUAAUCCAUUCAAUCCUUCUUUGUUCUUCUUCUAUAAUCCAUUCAAUCCUUCUUUGUUCUAUAAUCCAUUCAAUCCUUCUUCGUUCUUCUAUAAUCCAUUCAAUCCUUCUUUGUUCUUCUUCUAUAAUCCAUUCAAUUCUACUUUGUGCUUCUUCUAUAAUCCAUUCAAUCCUUCUUUUUUCUUCUUUUAUAAUCGAUUCAAUUCUUCUUUGUUCUUCUUCUAUAAUCCAUUCAAUCCUUCUUUGUUCUUCUUCUAUAAUCCAUUCAAUCCUUCUUUGUUCUUCUUCUAUAAUCGAUUCAAUUCUUCUUUGUUCUUCUUCUAUAAUCAAUUCAAUUCUUCUUUGUUCUUCUUCUAUAAUCCAUUCAAUUCUUCUUUGUUCUUCUUCUAUAAUCUAUUCAAUUCUUCUUUGUUCUUCUUGUAUAAUCCAUUCAAUUUUUCUUUGUUCUUCUUCUAUAAUCAAUUCAAUUCUUCUUUGUUCUUCUUCUAUAAUCCAUUCAAUUCUUCUUUGUUCUUCUUCUAUAAUCUAUUCAAUCCUUCUUUGUUCUUCUUGUAUAAUCCAUUCAAUUUUUCUUUGUUCUUCUUCUAUAAUCCAUUCAAUCCUUCUUUGUUCUUCUUCUAUAAUCGAUUCAAUCCUUCUUUGUUCUUCUAUAAUCCAUUCAAUUCUUCUUUUUUCUUCUUCUAUAAUCCAUUCAAUUCUUCUUUGUUCUACUAUAAUCCAUUCAAUUCUUCUCUGUUCUUCUUCUAUAAUCCAUUCAAUUCUUCUCCGUUCUUCUUCUAUAAUCUAUUCAAUCCUUCUUUGUUCUUCUUCUAUAAUCUAUUCAAUUCUUCUUUGA